ACCGCAGGCACCCGGCCGGCUCAGCCUGCGCCGGGCCGCCUCGCUCGCUCGGGGCUCGGCAGGCGGCCCGCGGGGUCCCGGAUCGCUGCGCCCGCAGCCGGAGACCAAGGCAGGCGCUGACUCGAGACCCGGAGGCCCGCCAGACCUUCGGUCAUUUUUAGGGGAGGAAAUGCAGACAUAGAGGUACUGACCCUAGAAACGGAUCGGGAGGUUCCUGCUUGCCUGUGCUCCUGAACCAUGGGAGAAAAUGAGGAUGAGAAGCAGGCCCAGGCCAGCCAGGUCUUCGAGAACUUUGUGCAAGCUACCACAUGCAAAGGCACGCUCCAGGCCUUCAACAUCCUCACCUGCCUCCUGGACCUAGAUCCGCUGGACCAUAGAAACUUCUACUCUCAGCUCAAGUCCAAGGUGAACACCUGGAAGGCCAAGGCUCUGUGGCACAAACUGGAUAAGCGUGGCUCCCACAAGGAAUACAAGCGAGGGAAAGCCUGCAUGAACACCAAGUGUCUCAUUGUCGGAGGAGGACCGUGUGGCUUGCGCACUGCCAUUGAACUUGCCUACCUGGGAGCCAAAGUGGUUGUAGUGGAGAAGAGGGACACCUUCUCCCGGAACAAUGUGCUGCACCUCUGGCCCUUUACCAUCCACGACCUGCGCGGCCUAGGAGCCAAGAAGUUCUAUGGGAAAUUCUGUGCUGGUUCCAUCGACCACAUCAGUAUCCGUCAACUGCAGCUCAUCCUGUUCAAGGUGGCCCUGAUGUUGGGAGUGGAAAUCCACGUGAAUGUGGAAUUCGUGAGGGUUCUAGAGCCUCCUGAAGACCAAGAAAAUCAAAAAGUCGGCUGGCGGGCAGAAUUCCUCCCUGCAGACCACGCCCUGUCUGACUUUGAGUUUGACGUCAUCGUUGGUGCUGACGGCCAUAGGAACACUCUGGAAGGGUUCAGGAGGAAGGAGUUCCGAGGGAAGCUGGCCAUUGCCAUCACUGCCAACUUCAUAAACAGGAACAGCACGGCCGAGGCCAAGGUGGAGGAGAUCAGUGGCGUGGCCUUCAUCUUCAACCAGAAGUUCUUUCAGGACCUUAAAGAAGAAACAGGGAUUGAUCUCGAGAACAUUGUUUACUACAAGGACUGUACCCACUACUUUGUCAUGACGGCCAAGAAACAGAGCCUGCUGGACAAAGGCGUCAUCAUUAAUGACUACAUUGACACAGAGAUGCUACUGUGUACAGAGAACGUGAACCAGGAUAAUCUGCUCUCCUAUGCCCGUGAGGCUGCGGAUUUUGCCACCAAUUACCAGCUGCCAUCCUUAGACUUUGCCAUAAAUCACAAUGGGCAGCCUGAUGUGGCCAUGUUCGACUUCACCUCCAUGUACGCCUCAGAGAAUGCAGCCCUGAUUCGAGAGCGCCAGGCACACCAGCUGCUCGUGGCCCUUGUGGGCGACAGCUUGCUCGAGCCAUUUUGGCCCAUGGGUACAGGCUGUGCCCGGGGCUUCCUGGCAGCCUUUGACACAGCGUGGAUGGUGAAGAGCUGGGACCAGGGCACCCCUCCCCUGGAGGUGCUGGCUGAAAGAGAAAGUCUUUACCGGCUGUUACCUCAGACAACCCCAGAGAACAUCAACAAAAAUUUUGAACAGUAUACAUUGGACCCAGGAACACGGUACCCAAACCUCAACUUGCACUGUGUCAGGCCUCACCAGGUGAAGCAUUUGUACAUCACUAAGGAGCUGGACAGCUUCUCUCAAGAGAGAUGGGGCUCAGUGAGGAGAUCCGUUAGCCUCUCCAGGCGGGAGUCAGACAUCCGGCCUAACAAGCUCUUAACCUGGUGCCAGCAGCAGACCGAGGGUUACCAGCACGUCCAUGUCACCGACCUGACCACAUCCUGGCGCAGUGGUCUGGCUCUGUGUGCCAUCAUCCACCGCUUCCGGCCAGAGCUGAUCAACUUUGACUCACUGAAUGAAGACGACGCUGUGGAGAACAAUCAGCUGGCAUUUGAUGUGGCCAAGCGUGAGUUUGGGAUCCUGCCUGUGACUACAGGCAAAGAGAUGGCAUCUACUCAGGAGCCCGACAAACUCAGCAUGGUCAUGUACCUCUCCAAGUUCUAUGAGCUCUUCCGGGGCACCCCGCUGAGACCCAUGGAUUCCUGGCGUAAAAACUAUGGAGAAUAUGCUGACUUCGGCUUGGGCAAAUCAUUCAUUCCUAAUAACUAUCUCAACCUCACAUUUCCCAGGAAGAGGACCCCACGGGUAGACACCCAGACUGAAGAGAACGACAUGAAUAAGAGGAGACGACAGGGCUUCAACAACCUGGAAGAGCUGCCGGCCUUCUCCAGCCGUAGCUUGGGCUCCAGUCAAGACUGCGCUAGAGAAGGCGGCAAUCAGAACAAAGUCAAGUCCAUGGCCAACCAGCUGCUAGCCAAGUUUGAGGAGAACACACGGAACUCUGCAGCCCUGAAACAGGACUGCCGCCGGCUCUCAGGCACAGGUAAGCCUGUCUUGUGCUCUACCUCUCGCCCUCCUGGUACCUCUUGCUGCCCCAAGCUGGAGGAGUCAACUCCCAAGCUUCCACCUCCUCUGAAAAGGCAGUUCUCCUCCGUGGUGGCGACAGGACAGGUACUCAGAGAACUCAAUCAAGUACCUGCUAGUGGCGAGUGCCCAAGCAGACCCUGGAGAGCCAGGGCCAAGUCAGACCUGCAACUGGGCGGGGCUGAAAAUCUCGCCACCCUGCCUCCCACCUGCCAAGGGGCACUGGCCCUGUCCGGGGUGCUGAGGCGACUGCAGCAAGUAGAAGAAAAGGUCCUUCAGAAGAGGGCCCAGAACUUGGCUAACAGGGAAUUUCACAAAAAGAACAUUAAAGAGAAGGCAGCUCACCUGGCCUCCAUGUUUGGACACGGGGAUUUACCACAGGAUAAACUCCUGUCUAAACGUCUGCCUCACACUCAUCCUCCAUCUCCUCCCUCUUGCCUUCCGUCUCCUGAUCCAGCUGCUCCUUCCUCUCCACCAGCUGCCGACUCUGUUUCUCCUGCCAGAAAGCUCACAGUAGGGAAAGUGUCCAGCGGAAUAGGGGCUGCAGCUGAAGUUCUGGUCAAUCUGUACUUGAAUGAUCACAGACCUAAGACACAGGCCACCUCUCCAGACCUGGAAUCCGUGAAAAAGACAUUUCCCCUGAGCCUGGGCGGCAGCGAUACCUGCUACUUUUGUAAGAAGCGUGUGUACGUGAUGGAGCGGCUGAGUGCAGAGGGUCACUUUUUCCACCGGGAGUGCUUCCGCUGCAGCGUCUGCACCACCACCCUGCGCCUGGCUGCCUAUGCCUUUGACUGCGAUGAAGGCAAAUUUUACUGCAAGCCCCAUUUCAUUCAUUGUAAAACCAACAGCAAACAGCGGAAGAGACGGGCAGAGCUGAAGCAGCAAAGAGAGGAGGAAGGCACUUGGCAGGAACGGGAAGCACCUCGGAGAGACACUCCCACGGAAAGCUCUUGUGCAGUGGCGGCCAUCAGCACGCCAGAAGGCAGCCCCCCAGGUAUCUCCACCUCCUUCUUUAGGAAGGCACUGAGCUGGCCUUUCAGGCUGACAAGAGGCCUGCUCGACCUGCCCCGGAGCCUGCUUAGGUGGAUGCAGGGACUCCUGAAUGCUGCUGGCCACCAUGUCAGGGACAAUGCUUACAACUACUGCUUCACGUUUGAGCUCCUGUGCCUGGGGCUGCUGCUUCUCUGGGCCUUCUCCGAGGUCCUAGGCGCCAUGUACAGGGAGUCUGAGGAAUCCCUGGGGAGCAUCCGCAGCUGGUUGCUCAGGUUCAUCCCAGUGAAGCUGCAGUGAGGCACACAGUGCAGUGCCCCACAGUGCCCUAACAUUUCCAAGUGCAGACUGCGACAUUUGUAGUUGGCACAGGCUCCAGCCAGCAUCUGUAACCGAUUAGCUCCAAGCCAAAGAGUCCCACGUUGGCCACCUCCACCUGGCUUUGACAGGGUCGAGCAUCUAAUCAUGGUGCUAGGGCCAGGGACAACAUGAAGGAUUUUUUUUUUUAACAGCUUUGUAUUGUUUUGUCUUUUCAUACCAAAGCGAGCCAUAUUUCUGGGUUUACAUUUCAAUUUUUAACUUUUCAUAAGCCAAAAAGAAAACAUUAUUUUUCUACAAGUAUCAAUACUUCUAACUGUUUUAACUUUUAUCACCAGUUUUACAAGGCCCUCGAACUUGGCAAUGAGUUGAGAUUUAUUGUUGCCAGCAAAGUUAAUGAGCUGAGACUUUAGAGCCACAAAACAGAGAGUGCCAUCACCAGACCCAUGCCUUUCGAUUUUGCAAAGAGAUGUCACCUGUUCCCAGUGGGUGCUGCGUGCGUGCGUUUGUUUCUUCAAGAACACAUAUAUGUACAGUCAGUGAGGUCAAAAGGAAGAAGUAGAGGGGUAGAAUAAACCAAAAUGAACCGAAGCACACAGCAGUGUGUCAGCGCUCUGUCCUCUGGGUUGGGGAGAGGUAUUUUACCCCUAUCUUUUGAAGUAAAAAAGCCUGAAGGCUUUCCCUCAUGCCCACCAAAUCACCAAAUCAUAGCCAAUAGCACAGCACCACGGGGUACUGCACUGCAGACAUAUAUCCCCGCCCCCGCCCCACUAAUGGGUACUACAGUGAAGCCCGUUGGCACUUAGAUCUGAAUAGCUCUGUCAGGCUAAGGUAAUACUGAGGACAAACUAUUUCAGAUGGUGCCUUUUCACCCCUACCUAGCCCCGAACCCAGGCUGCAGACAGAGCCAAAGCUGCUCAGGUCCAUCUUGGUCAGGCUGUCUCUCCCUCGUGUCCUUUGAACCUAAGGAUACUUGCUGGCCCUGAUCAGUGAGCCUUGCUGGUGGUCUCCUGGCUGCCCAGGCAUAUGGCUGCCUUGCAUAUUUCACCCACACAGUCAGAGAACCUUCUCCUAGUGCCCCAGAAAAAGAAAAGUGUCUGGUCUUUGGGUGGCUUCGAGCCCGUAAGUGUUUUCUACUCUGGAUGUCUGGAAAAGCCUGCAGCUGUCCCCACCCAACUCUGGGAUGCUCAGCUUAUGCAGCAUGAUGAGCAACUGGAGGACUGCUAAGGGCCUUCUAGGUACUCAGGGUAUCUACUGUCACUGGUACAGUACAGCUGUGGAGGGCUGCUAAGGGCCUUCUAGGUACCCAGGGUAUCUACCAUCACUGGUACAGUACAGCUGUGGAGGGCUGCUAAGGGCCUUCUAGGUACCCAGGGUAUCUACUGUCACUGGUACAGUACAGCUAUGGAGGGCUGUGGCCACCAGAGCACCCUCCAAGAUAAAGGUCUGCUUAAAGGCAGACCGGCUUGAAAGCUUUGACAUAAGUUUCUGUAAGGGGGAGGAGACUAGCGUUUCUAGAGACUCUGUCCUGAAGCCAUGGGAAAGACAGGGCAUAGCUGUGUUCAAGUCUGUGGGGACCAGCACCCCUGACCUUGUUGGAUCUGUUGCCAGUGUGAUGACGUACAUUGUAUUUGCCCCGCUUGUAGCUGGGGUUCUAAUGGUCAAGCAUGGUGGCAGAAGCCCUUGAGUCCUAUUAUGUUUCAUUAUGCCCCAUGAACUCUUGAGGUCAGAUUAUAGUGAUUUUCUCCAGCUCAGGGUGGGCUGAGAUGCUCUGUGGAAUGCUCUGGGAAGCCAGAGUGAACUCUCUAAAAAAUGUCAUUUAUAGCCACAAGGAGGCUGGUUUGAAUUACUCUGGUAGACAGGGUGUGUCUGUCACAACGCCCAGACAUCUAUAUGUUUUGAGACCUUGAACCUUCCUGGUGGGCAACAGCAGGGGCAGGUCCUGGGAGACAGAUACUCCAGAAAUGAAUUUGCCUCAAGGAUGAGGAUGAAACCCCGGAGUACCAUGGAGGGGAUGGGGGCUAGCGGGGCCAAAGGUCCUGGGAACAUUUGUGGGCAAGAGCGGGGUUUUGUGGAUGUGCAGACCCUGUGCAUCCACUCUUGGAAAUGAAUGGCUGGCCGCCACCAGGAAGGUCUGUGUCUCCUAAGCAAGCAGGCAUUUGUGGGGGACAGUGGUUGCUCUCUUAUCACCUCCAGGGCCCUUUUUUCCUCUUGUGAUGUUGUUCUGCUCCCUUGCUAAGACCUCCUUUCUGUCUUUCUCUUUCCAAC